AUGGAUGCAGUUGCUGAAUUUGAAGCUGCCCUUAAGGGCUUGGCUACUAAGGAUUUAGAUAAUGACAGGGACACAAAGGUCCCUCCAAUCAACUCCAAGUUGUCCCCUGAUUCUGCGAUUGUUGCAGAUAUCAAGAGUGCUGAUUCAGCUCCCAACCAGGAGGACAAUGACGAGCCGGAAGAUAUCAUUGCAACCGCACUUAAAAGUGCCGGUAUCGCUCCUUCAUCAGAAACCCCUUCCUAUGAAGUCAACAGAAGUGUUACCACACCGCAGUUUUUGAAAGUCAUCAACAGUUCUGGCGGCAAAAUCGUUCACAUUGCUUCAACUGGUGAAGCCGGAAUUGGUCUGACUGCCGCGCCUCGAAUGGCCAGUCGAUUAAUCCAGGUCUCCAGUUCUACUGUAAACGCAGCUAAAAUCGUUCAGUCUCAGCGCUUCCCCAAUAUUAUUCGGAAGCGCCCCAGCACAGAGCAGGCCGUUUUCCCGCCGGUCAAGUUUUUUCGACGCAACGAUAUGUCUGGUGUUGGCCAAGUAGAACUUGAGCCUGUAAAUGAUAUGAAGUUCAGACCUCAACCCCUAAGUGGUCAGCGACUUCCAAUCAAAGUCCCUGUCACUUUUCUUUCUCAAAGGCGAGAUGAGGAACUUGAUGAGGACGAUACUGACGAUCUGGCUCAGGCGGAGACAUACGCGGACUAUUCACCAGCAAAGUUGCGCCUGGGAUGUAAACACCCCGACUCCAUCGUUGAAUCCAGUACCCUUUCGAGUGUUUCCCCGCCUGACAUCCACUACAACCUUCAUCUUCCUUACGAGGUAAUUGACAGUGGACGGCUCUCCGCUCUCCAGUUAGAAGCGGUGGUGUAUGCGAGUCAGCGGCAUCAGUGUAUCCUCCCAAACGGCCAGCGGGCUGGCUUCUUAAUCGGUGAUGGAGCCGGUGUUGGUAAAGGCCGAACCAUUGCCGGCAUAAUUUACGAGAACUAUAUGCAGCACCGCAAAAAAGCUAUCUGGUUGUCAGUGUCGAACGAUUUGCGUGUUGACGCGGAACGCGAUCUUCGAGAUGUUGGUCUCGAAAAACUUCAGGUUCACUCUCUUAAUAAGUUUCGCUACGCGAGGAUCUCAGGAAAGGCAAAUGGGCGGGUGAAAAAGGGAGUGCUUUUUUCCACCUAUUCCUCCUUGAUUGGCGAAAGUCAGGGCGGCGCGAAGGCCAAGUACAAGACACGCCUCAAGCAAAUCGUCCACUGGUGCGGCAAGAACUUUGACGGCGUUAUUGUCUUUGACGAGUGCCAUCGCGCCAAGAACCUCACUCCAAGCGGUUCUCAGAAGCCCACAAAAACGGGUUUGACGGUGCUGGAGUUGCAGAAUCGUCUGCCCAAUGCACGCAUCGUUUACGCCUCGGCUACUGGUGCUACGGAGCCACGCAACAUGGCCUACAUGACGCGGCUCGGUCUAUGGGGUGGUGGGACGCCAUUCAAGACCUUCAACUCCUUUAUUCAGUCCCUCGACCGACGUGGUGUCGGCGGCAUGGAACUCGUUGCUAUGGAUAUGAAGCUUCGAGGAAUGUACAUAGCUCGUCAGCUGAGCUUCCACGGUGUUAAUUUCAGCAUACGACCCGUUGAGAUCGAACAUGUUACUCUGAACGGGCAACCGUUUAUCAAUGUAUACGACCAGUCGGCCGACUUGUGGGUCUGUGCAUAUCGCUACUUUUGUGAGGCCUGCCGAUUGCUCAACGUGUCUGACAAAUUCCGAAAAACCAUGUGGGGUCAGUUCUGGUCCGCGCAUCAGCGCUUCUUCAAGUACCUCUGCAUUGCUGCCAAAGUGGAUGCUUGUGUAGACUUGUGCAAAGUAGCCCUUUCUCAGGGCAAGUGUGUUGUAAUCGGUCUCCAGUCAACUGGUGAGGCGAAAACGCUCGAACAGGUGGAGGAGAUGGGAGCUGACCUCGGGGAAUUCGUCUCUACUGCCAAGGGUGUACUACAGUCCGUAGUAGAGAAGUAUUUCCCAACGAAGACCAAUAUUGAAAACUUCACCGCUCGUGGUGAUAAGCUGGCCAGCGCCGGGGACCGUUCCUCCUCCACUACCCUCUCUCGAGCGGGUCGCGCUGUUGCUGGAGGCCAAGGCAGCGGACUCGGUCUGAAGGACAUUCUCGGGGAGAAGAUGCUUGCCAAGUUAAUUGCUGGUGGAACUCUAUCGGGAAUCGAUGAUGAAGAAAACGCCGAUUCAAGUGGUGCCGCUGCGUUAAACAAAAAAGACGAUUCCGAUGAUCCCGACUCGGAUGAUGACGACGACGAGGACUCGGAUGACGAUGCGGAAAACACGACGAAGAAAAAUGGCAAUGGUGGUGGAAGCUCCUCCUCCGAGUACUUCGACUCAGACCUUGAGUUGAACAACGAUGGUCGCAAAAGUGUAAAGCGUGCGAAGAAACCGCGAAGUGGUACUGCAAGUAAACGGAAGCAGUUCUACGACAGUGAAGCUAGGUCUGACUCGGAUGAUGACGACGACCUCGACGAUAUGGAUCUUGAUGCGAUGUGCGACAGUUUUUUAGCCCGUCAUAAGGCAGCAAUGAAGAAACAGGCUUCAAGGCGUAACGAUUCUCUGUGGGCGGAUGAAUCGACACGCGAUCUCUCGGCCAAGUAUUUGCUCGGUCCGCAAUCAUCUGAGUACGAGACUGCCUCGGGUGGCAAUGGUUCUUUAGAGGAAGCUCGGAAACAAUGCAACGAAAUGCAAUCUCUAUUGCUGAAGCACAUUGAAAAACUUGGAAAAUAUCUUCCUCCCUCUUCGUUGGACGAAUUAAUCGAAAAGCUUGGAGGCCCUUCAAGAGUCGCUGAGAUGACUGGACGCCGUGGCCGCGUGGUUACGGACGACUCGGGUCGUGUUCUCUAUGAAUCUCGGCGGGAGGGUGACGUUGCCAUGGAAGUCAUUAACCUCGCCGAGAAACAGCGGUUCAUGGAUGGCGAGAAAUUGAUCGCAAUUGUCUCCGAAGCCGCCUCUUCUGGUAUCUCGUUGCAGGCUGAUCGUAGAGUGUUGAACCAGCGGCGUCGUGUUCACAUCACUCUCGAGCUUCCCUGGUCUGCUGAUCGUGCAAUACAACAAUUUGGACGUACACAUCGUUCCAAUCAGGUCAGCUCUCCGGAGUACAUCUUUCUGAUAUCUGACCUUGCUGGAGAACAGCGCUUUGCCUCCACGGUGGCCAAGCGUCUUGAGUCGCUUGGUGCUCUCACCCACGGCGAUCGUCGAGCCACUGAAACCCGAGAUCUUUCUCGUUUCAACAUCGACACCAAGUUGGGUCGCGAGGCACUCGACAUUGUCUUAAAGGCCUGCAUAUGGGGUGACGAUGGUCUUGUUAACCCCCCUAGUGACUACUACUCCGAGGACCCUGCUGCGCACGAUCCCGGCGUCUUGGAAACACUCCCACCAAAGAUGCGACCGCACCACCAGUUCUUCUUUGAUGUUAAGACAGGUCUCCAGGGCGUGGGCUUUUUCAACGGACGCACACGAGAUCGUGACAGUCGGCAUAUGGUGAAGUUCCUCAAUCGGAUACUUGGACUGCAUGUGCACACACAGAAUGCCUUCUUCCGGUAUUUUUCCGAUACCCUCGAAGAACUCGUUCGACGUGCCAAACGUGACAAUCGUCUUGACCUGGGGAUUAUGGACUUAGGUAACACCUCUACUUCUGUGAUCGAGGUCAUUCAAUCACGCUUUAUUCAGCUUAGAAGCACAACCGGCCAGAACCUGGAGAUCAUUUGGACCAAGACCUUCGAUACCCGCUUUCUCUCUGAUUCCACCCAAAUCCACCUACACAAGGUGACCACCCAACGCGGCGUCUCUUGGGCCUCAGCCAUGGAGAUAUACACGCAGCACGACGGCAGCGAAGAUGGGUUCUACAUGCCGAAACAAGGCACAGCGUUGCGUGCCAUGCCUUUGCUGGCCUUUUGUCUGCGGAGUAGGGCCUCCGGCGACGGUGGUAGAAAGGCCAAACAACUCUACCGCGUCUACCGACCCAACACGGGUAUGCAGUCGACACCGAUGGAGUUUGAUAAGCUCACCGAACGCUACGCCAAAGUCUCAAAUCCCUCUGAUUGCCAGGAGGCCUGGUCUAGCAUCUAUAACGACUCAGCUAGAAAGUGCAUUCAUCUAAUCCAGAGGAAUUAUUGCCACCGCCUUGCUCAAAGAAAUUCUCAGGGACAAUCAGCUAUUUGUGAGGUUGGUCUGCGUGAGCGAACAUACUACGUCCUGAGCGGUUCCGUGCUGAACGUCUGGGCGCCGAUCGAGCGACUCCUGUCGUCGCGCCUCAGCAGUUCCCAGUCAAUGCAGGUCGUUCGGUUGAAACCCAAGGACGGCAAACGCAUUGUUGGCGUGCUCAUUCCUCAAGAUGGUGUGGAUGCUGUUCUCGCCUGCUUGGCGCGCCUCCAAGACGACCCAGACCAAUUCUACUCCCCCCAAGUUCCGAAACCACUUCCCACGCCUGUUUCCUCAUCCACUGCCCAAUUUCCGUCUCAACAAGGUCAACGUCUUCCACAUUCCUACUCGACUUCUGCUCUGCCGGUGUCACUUCUCACCACCAGACAGAGCCCGUUAGUAUCGCAGAAACCCUCCCCCGUUGUGGCUGCCCAUCCAGUUGGUUUCCAAAAACGCAAUUUCGCGCGUGUCGUUGUUAACAACAGCAACGGUACUCAGUCCCCUCACAUCGCUCCCAGAAUGUCUUUCACAACCCCCUCUCAAACUCGUCAACAGGUGGCACCAGGCCCAUACACUUCACGCCUUGCGGCCGCCGUCCAGGGUCGCCAAAUCUCGCAGAUUGGGACCUUUUCACCGCGUCCCGCCUCUCCCCUUCUCCGGCAUCAGACGCCUUCGGCCAACUACCUAACAACUACGCGUCGGGGAAAGCUUAAUUGGGCCGGCCAGCCUAACGGGAUUGUUCACAACGGUCUCGUUCAGCAGACUUUCCAACAACGACAAUUUUCACCUGUAAUUAUUUCCUCCACGUCUGCUGCCAAGACAGUCCCCACCAAUAGCAUAAGGCCUCAAGAGCCCCUGCGACAAGCGCCUCCCAAGGUCACGCCAAAGCCGUUCAACAAGGUCAAACUUGUUUGGAAGGAGGGUUGA